AUAUUACCGCUCAAGGUAAAUGUCAAUCAGGAAAUCACAUUUCUGUUGGUUGGGUGGCUGCAGCUUGUGAGAAAAUCAAGACCCAAUAUAUUUUAAAGUAAAAUCGUGUUAUUUGGUGAUACACAAAUAUUGAAAAACUACUUUUUUCCACUAAAAAAAACCAUGCAUAGAGCGAGACAGGUAAUAAAAGGGGUCACUGGUCCCAAAGGCCAAGCUUUUGCAGGAUGGUUACUUUCAAAAAAUCUAGCCCCCAUUUCAGUAGCUAGUAGACCCUACAAUGUACCUGCAGCAGCCGAACCAUUUUUGAAUGGGAGCUCAGCCACCUAUGUUGAGGAUAUGUAUAAUGCUUGGCUUGCAGAUCCUUCUAGUGUACAUGCGUCAUGGGACUCAUUUUUCCGAAACUCAGCAUCUGGUGGUGUUGGCUAUCAAGCUCCUCCGUCGCUGGCCCCUUUGGGCAAAAACGAAGUACCUGCAUUGUCUUUCCUACCAUCAAUUGCUGGAGCAGCGGGAGCACCAGUCAGCGAGAAAGUUAUUGACGAUCAUCUUGCCGUUCAAGCCAUUAUCAGAAGUUAUCAAAUACGUGGUCAUCAUAUAGCCAAACUGGAUCCAUUGGGGAUAAACAGUGCAGAUUUGGACGAUAGAACACCACAGGAGCUUCUAUAUACACACUACAGUUUCGACCACCCCUCUCGAACCUAUUCUGAGGAACUCAGGAGGCAAGUCCAAGAACUUAUGAAAAAUGAAGCCGAUAUGGAUCGCGUAUUCAAAUUGCCAUCUACGACUUUCAUCGGUGGCAAAGAGAAACAACUUCCUCUGCGAGAAAUCUUACGCCGACUGGAAUUGGCUUAUUGUAGGCACAUCGGCGUUGAAUUUAUGUUCAUCAACAGCCUGGAACAAUGCAACUGGAUCCGACAAAGGUUGGAAACACCUGGCUGCAUGGAAAUUACCGCCGAAGAGAAGCGCCUGAUGUUGGCCCGAUUGACUAGAGCCACUGGAUUCGAAUCUUUCUUGGCCCGCAAGUGGUCGUCCGAGAAAAGAUUUGGUUUGGAGGGUUGUGAAAUACUCAUUCCCGCUAUGAAAAACAUCAUUGACAAAUCGACGGAAUUCGGAGUCGAGAGCAUAGUGAUGGGAAUGCCACACAGGGGUCGUCUCAACGUCCUCGCGAACGUAUGUCGUAAACCUUUGCCACAACUGUUCACCCAGUUUGCUGGUCUCGAAGCCGAAGAUGACGGAUCUGGCGAUGUCAAAUACCACUUGGGAACGUACAUUGAAAGAUUGAACAGAGUAACGAACAAAAAUAUUCGCCUGGCGGUCGUUGCUAAUCCAUCCCAUUUGGAAGCUGUAGACCCAGUUGUGCAAGGUAAAACGAAAGCUGAACAAUUUUACAGAGGAGAUGGAGAAGGAAAGAAAGUUAUGUCUAUAUUACUCCACGGAGAUGCCGCGUUCUGUGGACAAGGCGUUGUUUUCGAAACGAUGCACUUGUCUGAUUUGCCAGCCUACACGACUCAUGGAACUGUACACAUCGUUGUAAACAAUCAAAUUGGUUUCACCACCGAUCCAAGACACUCGCGCUCUUCACCGUACUGUACAGAUGUCGCACGUGUAGUCAACGCUCCAAUCUUCCACGUUAACUCUGACGAUCCAGAGAGCGUCAUGCACAUCUGUAACAUCGCGGCCGAGUGGAGGGCCACCUUCCACAAAGACGUCGUCAUCGACCUGGUUUGCUACCGUAGGAACGGUCACAACGAAAUCGACGAGCCGAUGUUCACCCAACCCCUCAUGUACCGCAAGAUCAGAAACACCAAACCCGUGUUGGAGAAGUAUUCCGAGCAGCUGAUAGCCGAGGGCGUUGUAACGGCCGAUGAAGUGAAGGAUGUCAAGGCGAAAUACGAGAAGAUCUGCGAGGACGCUCUCGAACAGGCGAGAAAGGAAACUCACAUCAAAUACAAGGAUUGGCUGGACAGCCCGUGGUCCGGUUUCUUCGAGGGUAAAGAUCCAUUGAAAGUGGGGCCCACUGGUGUCAAAGAAGAUACUUUGGUUCAUAUCGGAAAGAGGUUCUCUUCUCCUCCACCAAACGCAGCUGAAUUUGUCAUCCACAAAGGUAUUGAGCGUAUACUCAAAUCUAGAAUGCAGAUGGUAGAAGAACGUACCAUCGACUGGGCUCUUGGGGAAGCAAUGGCUUUUGGAUCCUUGUUGAAGGAAGGAAUUCAUGUUCGUCUUUCUGGUCAAGACGUUGAAAGAGGCACCUUCUCUCAUCGCCAUCAUGUCCUACAUCAUCAAACGGUUGACAAAGCCACAUACAGGCCAUUAUGCAACUUGUAUCCAGAUCAGGCACCUUACACAGUCUGCAACAGUUCACUUUCUGAGUUUGGCGUACUCGGUUUCGAGCUGGGUUACUCUAUGACCAACCCAAAUGCCCUGGUUAUUUGGGAGGCUCAAUUUGGAGAUUUCUGCAACACAGCUCAGUGUAUAAUCGAUCAGUUCAUUUCUUCUGGUCAAGCCAAAUGGGUGAGACAGAGUGGAUUGGUCAUGCUAUUGCCCCACGGUUAUGAAGGUAUGGGCCCCGAACACUCCAGCUGUCGCCCCGAACGUUUCCUUCAGAUGUGCUCAGACGACCCCGAUUAUAUGCCACCAGAAAGUGACGAGUUUGCUGUUCGUCAACUUCACGACAUCAACUGGAUAGUGGCAAACUGUACCACCCCCGCGAACUUGUUCCAUAUUCUCAGGAGGCAGAUCGCUCUGCCCUUCCGUAAACCCCUCAUUCUCCUGACGCCCAAGAGUCUGUUGAGACAUCCCGAAGCCAAGAGCAGCUUCGACGACAUGGUCGACGGAACCGAGUUCAAGAGGGUGAUACCCGAUGAUAAUGUUGGAGGCAGUGCUAAGAAGCUUGUAUUCUGUACCGGCAGAGUUUACUACGAUCUGAAGAAAGCUAGAGAGGAAAAGAAUUUGACCAACGAUAUUGCCCUUGUCAGAGUCGAACAGAUCUCACCGUUCCCGUUCGAUUUGAUCAGACAAGAAUGCUCCAAAUAUCCAAAUGCUCAGCUGUGUUGGGCACAGGAAGAACACAAAAAUCAAGGAUAUUGGACAUAUGUUCAGCCUAGAUUCGACACUGCACUCACUGGAACACGCGAAAUUAGUCGUACACAAUCAGAAAGUUGGCUAUCUAGUUUGUUUGGGCGCAGUAAGCCAAAAGAAGAACCUAAAAUUCAGGAGCGACAAAGAUCUAUUAGUUACGCAGGUAGACCCACUGCUCCUAGCACUGCAACUGGUAGCAAGGCUCAACAUCUUAAGGAACUCAGAAGCCUAUUGGAUGCAGCGAUGGACAUCAACUAAACCUUUUAACAUUUGAUUGAUUAAUGACUUCAUUAGAUACUAGAAUAAUCACUACUUAUUAUUCUCAAGAAUAUGUUUAAAUUUGAAGUAUAUUGAUUAUUUUAGUAGUUCUUUGAUUCAAUCUGCACCAAAAACAAGAUUAAUAUGAUGUAAGUAUGUAUAUAGCACUAUUGUUUUAUGUAUUAUAUUCUGAUUGUUACUGAGCCUGAAUUGUUCGAAUGAUGGGCAGUCAAAAGUUCAAGUAUGAUUGUAAGUGCUUAAAGUAUUGUUAUCCUCAAAAUCCUGUGAGAACUGGUCAGGUGAACUGAAAGUAUUUUUCAUUUGUUAUUUAUUUAUUGUAGGAAUGUAUGACUUAUGGCUGAUGAAUAAAUUUUACUCAAGUAAUAA